UAAACGCGCAGUAGGCAAAGCCCCAGCAAGCAGCGUGGCACCGCGCGUCGGCAGCAUGACGCUCACCUCAUCUCGCUCGCAAAUGCGGCAGUGACUGAAGCCGAGUUCGAAGAAGCCGCAAUUGUUCGUCGGGACCGACGCGACCGCGAUGAUGUCCGGCGUGCGCCCGCAGUCGGAGAUCCACCGCUGGAGCAUCAGCGAGCCGGCCGCGAGCCGCCCGCUCCCGGACGGCGUGCCCGCCUACAUGUCCCGCUCCAAGUCGUGCGCCAGCUCCGCCGGAGACUCGGACGGAGGCAGCGGCCGCGCCGGGCGCACCAGCCGCGCCUCCUCGUCCGACUCGGUCAUCUCCGCCGACGCGCUCGAGCCGUACCGGGUGGCGCUGCUCGGGGCCGGCGGCGUCGGGAAGAGCGCCUUCGCCCGCAUCUUCUCCGGGGCCGCCGACAGCAUGGACAGCGACGACUGCGAGCUGUGCGGAGAUGAAGUGCACGAGAGGGACGUUGACGUGGACGGAGAGGCAGCCACCAUCACGCUGUUGGACACGUGGGAUGCAGAGAGCGACAGCGACUGCGCGGAGGAAAGCUACAUGCGGUCGGCCGACGCCUUCCUGCUGCUGUACUCCAUAACCGACCGGGCGUCCUUCCUGCGGGCGUCGGAGCUGCGCAUCAGCCUGCGCCGCCUUCGCCCCGCCCGACACACGCCCAUCAUCCUGGUGGGCAACAAGUGUGACCUGGUGCGACGCAGGGAAGUUUCCACCAACGAGGGCCGUGUCUGCGCCGCCGUCUUGGACUGCAAGUUCAUCGAGACGUCGGCCGCCGUGCAGCACAACGUGUGGGAGGCCUUCCGCGGCGUCGUGCGCCAGCUGCGCCUGCGCCGGGACUGCCGGGACGCCAAACGCCGGUCCCGCCCCCGCCCCCGCCGUGAGAGCCUCCCCGCCAAGGUCAAGCGAUUUCUCGACAAGAUGGUGGCCAGGAACAAUCCCGGCGUGGCCUUCUGGCUCAAAUCCAAAUCCUGCCACGACUUGUCAGUUCUGUAGGAGAAGAUCCGACACUCGGCGGAAGGACUGCGUGGGAACGCUACGACGAGGUGCGUUCGAGAACGCUUGGACGGACGACGUUUGCUGUUUACAAUCAACCGAUGGCGCCAACAUGUGCGUGUUUCAAAAACUUCUCUUGCUGUCUGUCUUCAUUUGGAUUUGUGGAAGUCUUUUGAUAGGAACACAAGCUGCAGCGGACGAGGUGCGGUGCAGCCCGCAGAUGACAUUGACGCUCACAAAACUGGCUUUUUAAUAAAACAGUUCUUCGGUUCGUGUGA